AAAACUUAGUAAUCCCUCAGUUUAACGAAUAAUUUGAAAGAACAUCUUGAAAUUGAAAGUUUUUCCUGAAUAGCAUUUCGUUUACAAAAUUCCCCUGCUUUGCAACGAAAUUUUAAAUUGAAAAUGCGCGUACAAAUCAAUGAUGAUGACCCGAUCAACCAGAAAAUUAUUUCAUCAAAACAAGAAAACUGGUGGGAAGAAGAAGCUGUCCAAUACGGCUUCAAUUUCCCUUCGGUUGGAGUGUAUCUGGACAGACUAAUGGGAACAAACGUCGUUCAAAUGACUGAUCCGAAAUUUAUGUUAGAAUUACGCGACAGAGUUUGGAGUGACUAUGACACAAAAUUGACGAAAAGAAUAAAAGAUCGAGAGAUAAUCGAAAAUGAGCGAGAAGCUAAAUUGAUAUUGAAAGGAAUCUACAGUUCUUACAAUCGUCCACGUAAAUUCAUACCAUUUCAUAGUACCGUUUUGGCCUUAGACUUGGGCUCUCGCAAAAAUGUUAAAACGAAAAGUUCAAACGUCGAAAAUUUAAGUCCAAUACUCCGAAUUAAUGAACGUACCAACGACACGAUCGAUCGGAGACGCUUAAAAUUGAAAUCAAUUCGCCAGAGAAAUGUCGACUACGUUGUACAACAGACGCUGCUGGAAGGUCUGCAACCGAAUAUUGAGCAUGACGAAUUGACGGCCAUUGAAAGCAAAAUCAAAGAGAUGCAAAAUAAAAUUUUGGACAAAAAAUUGAAAGCAUCCAGAAAAGCUCCCAUCCAAAAGAGUCGGAAAAAGCUGACUGAUUUAUUAGACAAUAAAAUUUGAGAACAAACAAAUUUGUGAUUGCUAUUCAAUUACAUUGAUUUCUCUGUUCUCAUU